AUGGUCUACCAGAACAGCAAAGGCUUCCUUGUGAGCUGUGAGCACCACGAGGACACCUGGCAAGGCUGGAUCCUGGGCCUUGCCGGACAUCCACUCUAUGUGGCCGAGUCCAUGCCCGCUGCCCACCAAGAGGUGCCUGGUUCAUGGCGUGUGGUUCCAACCUGGGGCAAGGAUCCAGCACCGAGCGUGACUGCAGUCUUCACGGCUGCAGAGGCGACCCUGCUUCAGCUCCAGAAAGCUUUGGCUUCAGCCGAGGAUGCGGCCGCGACCGGCAAUUUCGAUGAUGCGCAGGCUUUACUCGAUGCUGCUCAGGAUGAUACCGAGCACCUCCUCGAUCACGCGGACAAUUCGGGUGUCGCACCUGCGCUGCAGCGACUGCAGUGCUUGCGGGAGUCUCUGCCCUGGCGUCGGGCGUCGGCGCUUAGGAGCCAAGGUGUCGAUGCUUCGGAUGCCGAGGAUUGGGACGGAGCUCGGCGAUUGUUUGAGACGGCGCUGCGGCACAUUGACUCGUGUGAGUCGCAGGAGUCAGGCAAUCUGCGCCAAGAGUUGCGGAAGCUCUUAGCGCAAUGCCCUGAGCGUAUAGUGAUGAGUCGUCUGCGGGAGGCCGAGAAGGCCUGUGAUGCACAGCAGUGGCGGGACUGCACAAGCCUGCUUGAGUCAGUGCAGCAGCAUGCCAAAGAAGCGGCUGCGGCUGGCGCAUGUACGGCGUCACUUUGGGAGGAGCAGGCCAAGCAUCUACGGCUGCGGUCUGUCUUGGGUCAGGCCAAGGAGCUUCAGUGCCGCGGCGACGAGGCUCGAGGGUCCACACGUGCCAGCUAUGAGUCCGCGGCAACAUGCUAUAUGGCCGCGUUGGAACUACUGGAGCCGCUGCAAGGCACAGGAGGGCCAGCAUCUGCGCUCGCAGUGGAGCUAAAAGAGGCGAUGGAAGGCUUGGCAGUGCUCGCCAUGGGCCAGGUCGAAGCAGCCCUGGGCGAAGAGUCGCUCGAGGCAGGUAUCGACAUGGAUGGGCUUCUGUCCUUUGCCGACCGGGUCCUGAGGCACGUCAAGGGCUCCCAGGUCCUCCGCGUGGAGUUGGAAGCACUCCAGGAGGCGACCGCGCAAGCAAAGAUUUCUGAUCUGCGCACAUCUGGCGAUGCGGCGGUCGAACGUGGGGACUGGCAGGAGGCUGAUGCUUGCUGGGCUGCGGCGCUGCAGCUCAUCGCGGAGAGCCAG